GUAAAAUGUCUCGUGACAUUCUAACGUCCCCUGGAAACGGAACGGUCUAGCCAUUUAGCUAGCUAACAAAAUGUACGUUACUAUUUCUGUUUUAAACUAGCUAACGUUAUGCUUUUACAUAUUCUUUUGAAUCCAACAUAGGCCUAGCUAGAUUAUAUAAAAUAAAGUGUUACAAAGUAACAGUGACAAGCGCACAGGCUACAAGAUUUACCGACAAGAACACUGCAGCACAGAUGAGUAAUUGUGACUAUUUGUAACCAACCAAAGACCAUGCCAAUAGUGUAUUGCUGUGUGGAAAGAAGCAACAUCAUCCUUGCUGAUCUUGCGCUCAGAGGUGGAAGGUUUCAGGAGGCAGCAUUGAGUUUUCUGAGACCGCUUCCGUUUGGAGCUCUCUAUCGAAGGUCCAUACAAUUGGAUGGGUUCAGAUACCACAUCCUGUCAGAGGAUGGCGUGUCCUACGUCUGUGUCACAGAGCUCAGCUAUGAGUCCAGGAGGGCUCAUGAAUUCCUUAACCAGAUCUGCAGUUUCUUUGCUAACAGCCCCCUGAUAAAGAAAGCAGCCUUUGCCCAGCCGUAUGAAUUCAGCUCUGACCUGCAUCAGGUGCUUGGACAGCUGAUGGCUGACUACAGUUCUCAACAGCCAGCCUCCUCUAAGCUGGACUCGGUGCAGGGCCAAGUCAACGAAGUCAAAGUUAUACUCAAAGACAACAUUAACAAAGUGCUGGAGAGGGGAGAGAGGUUAGAUGACUUGGUUGACAAGACACAUGACCUACAAGCAACCGCAGACUCCUUUCAGAGGACAUCCACGCGGGUAGCCCGGAAGUACUGGUGGAAGAACACCAAGAUGAUGAUCAUCAUUGGAGUGAUAGUUCUGAUCAUUCUCAUCCUCAUCAUCCUGUUUGCCACAGGUGUCAUCCCCAGUUAAAUCACCUCACAGACUCCUACAGUACUACAUUAUCAACACGAGGAAAAGGACGAACCACAAUCGAGUCAUUUUUUUGAAUUUUAUUUUAGUCUCCUCCAAGGCGGAUUCAAGGUGGAUUGUGCAUAGUAACGUGACAAAAUAUCAUUUCACAUUACGACUUCUGCAAAUAAGCUUCCUGGAAUUUGUUUGGUUGUUUUUGGAUUAUAUGGAUCUGUUCAUUUGAUAUUUAAUAAGAUACAUUUCAUAAUGUUUGUUUGUCUAUUUUUAUUUAAAAAAAAUACACAAUAUAAACUCAGCAAAAAAAGAAACGGCCUCUCAACUGCGUUUAUUUUCAGCAAACUUAACAUGUGUAAAUAUUUGUAUGAACAUAAGAAGAUUCAACAACUGAGACAUAAACUGAACAAGUUCCACAGACAUGUGACUAACAGAAAUGGAAUAAUGUGUCCCAGAACAUAGGGUGGGUCAAAAUCAAAAGUAAGAGUCAGUAUCGGGUGUGGCCAAUAGCUGCAUUAAGUACUGCAGUGCAUCUCCUCCUCAUGGACUGCACCAGAUUUGCCCGUUCUUGCUGUGAGAUGUUACCUCACUCUUCCACCAAGGCACCUGCAAGUUCCCGGAAAUUUCUGGGGGGAAUGGC